UAUUCUCUGUCAAUCCUAAUAUGUCCGCCCCUUUUCACGCGUCAAACCAAUGAACAUUCAGUUCGGGACGACGCGGCUGCCACCGGACCAAUCACAGUCCUCAGACGCGCUCCUCAAUACAUAUUCAUAGCGCUUCGCGCGCUUUGUGGUCACGUGGAGCAUUUCGCGCGAAAAGUCAGUCUUCCCGGGAAAAUAGUCUACAGUCGAAUCGCUGCUUAGGACGGACGUGAGAAGAUGGCGGAUUCAUCAGAGUCAUUGCACAUGGCCACCAGCCCCAGUCGUGGUUCACGGCGGGGGGACCUGACCUCCAGCCCCGGCAGAGACCUGCCCCCGUUUGAGGACGAGUCCGAGGGGAUUCUGGGAGACAUUAUUCCUGAUGAGGAGGACGGAGAGGAGCUGAUCGGAGAUGGGAUGGAGAGUGAAGAUGAGGAUGACAAACGACCCACGAAGAGGCAGCGGGUUCUUGCGGAGAGGGCAGCUGAGGGCGUCGCAAUGGACGGCGAGGAUGAAGAGAUGAUCGAAAGCAUUGAGAACCUGGAGGACAUGAAGGGCCACACGGUCAGGGAGUGGGUUUCAAUGGCCGCCCCACGACUGGAGAUCUACCACCGCUUCAAGAACUUCCUGCGCACACAUGUGGACGAGCACGGACACAAUGUGUUCAAAGAGCGCAUCAGCGACAUGUGCAAAGAAAACAAAGAGAGUUUGUUGGUGAACUAUGAAGAGCUGGCAUCCAGAGAGCAUGUGCUGGCGUAUUUUCUGCCGGAGGCUCCUGCCGAGAUGCUAAAGAUCUUUGACGAAGCCGCUAAAGAGGUGGUGCUGGCAAUGUACCCCAAAUACGAUAGAAUCGCACACGAAAUCCACGUCCGUAUCGGCAACCUGCCGCUGGUGGAAGAACUUCGAUCGCUCAGGCAGCUUCACCUGAACCAGCUAAUCCGCACCAGCGGUGUCGUGACCAGCUGCACUGGAGUUCUGCCGCAGCUCGGUAUGGUGAAAUACAACUGUAACAAGUGUAACUUCAUCUUGGGACCCUUCUUCCAGUCCCAGAACCAGGAGGUGAAGCCGGGCUCCUGUCCCGAGUGUCAAUCACUCGGUCCGUUUGAGAUCAACAUGGAGCAGACUGUGUACCAGAACUACCAGCGUAUCACUAUUCAGGAGAGUCCUGGAAAAGUCGCGGCGGGCCGCCUGCCUCGCUCCAAAGAUGCCAUCCUGCUGGCCGACUUGGUGGACACUUGCAAACCUGGAGACGAGAUUGUGAGUCAACAGACCCUGAUGAAUACAAUAUUUAUCAAAUCCCCUUUAAUGAACAAGCUUGAUCUGCACGGCAUUCAUCCCAGACAACAGUUUGGUGGCAUCAGAAACAGUGAAGAUGAGGAUGACAAACGACCCACGAAGAGGCAGCGGGUUCUUGCGGAGAGGGCAGCUGAGGGCGUCGCAAUGGACGGCGAGGAUGAAGAGAUGAUCGAAAGCAUUGAGAACCUGGAGGACAUGAAGGGCCACACGGUCAGGGAGUGGGUUUCAAUGGCCGCCCCACGACUGGAGAUCUACCACCGCUUCAAGAACUUCCUGCGCACACAUGUGGACGAGCACGGACACAAUGUGUUCAAAGAGCGCAUCAGCGACAUGUGCAAAGAAAACAAAGAGAGUUUGUUGGUGAACUAUGAAGAGCUGGCAUCCAGAGAGCAUGUGCUGGCGUAUUUUCUGCCGGAGGCUCCUGCCGAGAUGCUAAAGAUCUUUGACGAAGCCGCUAAAGAGGUGGUGCUGGCAAUGUACCCCAAAUACGAUAGAAUCGCACACGAAAUCCACGUCCGUAUCGGCAACCUGCCGCUGGUGGAAGAACUUCGAUCGCUCAGGCAGCUUCACCUGAACCAGCUAAUCCGCACCAGCGGUGUCGUGACCAGCUGCACUGGAGUUCUGCCGCAGCUCGGUAUGGUGAAAUACAACUGUAACAAGUGUAACUUCAUCUUGGGACCCUUCUUCCAGUCCCAGAACCAGGAGGUGAAGCCGGGCUCCUGUCCCGAGUGUCAAUCACUCGGUCCGUUUGAGAUCAACAUGGAGCAGACUGUGUACCAGAACUACCAGCGUAUCACUAUUCAGGAGAGUCCUGGAAAAGUCGCGGCGGGCCGCCUGCCUCGCUCCAAAGAUGCCAUCCUGCUGGCCGACUUGGUGGACACUUGCAAACCUGGAGACGAGAUUGAGCUCACAGGAAUCUACCACAACAACUAUGACGGCUCUCUCAACAUGGCUAAUGGCUUCCCCGUUUUUGCUACUGUAAUCCUGGCCAAUCACAUCGCCCGUAAGGAUCAGGGCGUGGCUGUGGCGGAGCUCACCGACGAAGACAUCAAAGCCAUCGUGGCUCUGUCCAAAGACGAGCGCAUCGGAGAACGGAUUUUCGCAAGUAUUGGUCCUUCCAUUUAUGGGCACGAGGACAUCAAACGUGGUCUAGCGCUUGCUCUGUUUGGCGGCGAAGCCAAGAAUCCAGGCGGGAAGCACAAGGUGCGUGGUGAUAUUAACGUUCUCCUGUGUGGAGAUCCAGGCACAGCCAAGUCCCAGUUCCUAAAGUACAUCGAGAAGGUUGCGAGUCGCGCUGUCUUCACUACAGGUCAGGGCGCUUCCGCCGUGGGUCUGACUGCUUACGUGCAACGUCAUCCCGUGACUCGAGAGUGGACACUGGAGGCGGGAGCUUUGGUGCUGGCGGACCGUGGAGUCUGCCUCAUUGACGAGUUUGAUAAGAUGAACGAUCAGGACAGGACCAGCAUCCAUGAAGCCAUGGAGCAGCAGAGCAUCUCCAUUUCUAAAGCUGGGAUCGUCACAUCGCUGCAGGCUCGCUGCACUGUCAUGGCUGCCGCCAAUCCUAUCGGUGGGCGUUACGACCCGUCUCUCACAUUUUCUGAAAACGUGGACCUGACGGAGCCCAUCAUAUCUCGAUUUGACGUUCUUUGCGUAGUAAGAGACACCGUCGAUCCUGUGCAGGAUGAAAUGCUGGCUCGCUUCGUGGUGGGCAGCCACAUCAAACAUCACCCAAGCAACAAAGAAGGGGGCGUGGCCAGUCUAGAGGAGGUGGUGCUGCCAAACACAUUUGAUGUCCCGCCCAUCCCUCAGGAGCUGCUCAGGAAGUACAUCAUGUACGCCAAAGAGCGUGUGCGACCGAAACUCAACCAGAUGGACCAAGACAAGGUGGCCCGAAUUUACAGCGACCUUCGAAAAGAGUCUAUGGCUACAGGAAGUAUCCCGAUUACCGUGCGUCACAUAGAGUCCAUGAUCCGCAUGGCCGAGGCACACGCCCGCAUGCAUCUGCGGGAUUACGUGCUGGAGGACGACGUGAACAUGGCUAUCCGUGUCAUGCUAGAAAGCUUCAUUGACACGCAGAAGUUCAGCGUGAUGAGGAGCAUGCGGAAGACGUUUGCACGGUAUCUGGCGUUCAGACGAGACAACAACGAGCUGCUGCUCUUCAUCCUGAAGCAGCUGGUUUCCGAGCAGGUCGCAUAUCAGCGCAACCGUUACGGAGCCCAGCAGGACACCAUCGAGAUUCCUGAAAAAGAUCUGGUGGACAAGGCCCGACAGAUUAACAUCCACAACCUGUCUGCAUUUUACGACAGCGACCUGUUCCGCUCUAACAAAUUCUCCCACGACGCCAAGAAAAAGCUCAUCGCACAGCAGUUCUAGGCACUCGUUCUGGAUUUGUUCACAAGCAGUUGCUUCGAAUCUCUUGGACUUGUAUAUAUUCUGUUAUGAGGUUGUUGGAGAAAUUGUUAUGUGGAUUGAAUAUUGUUUUUGGUCCUUUCAUGAACUUGUUACCGUAGUCGUUACGGUUGAAGUGAUCUGCUUGGCUUGUGCGGUCUUAUUGGCUGCAUGUGAAUUAUGUCGUUCUUGAACUUUCUAUAAUGUCGGUUUUGCAGAAGUACUGCAUUUAUUACAUUUGUGAUGUAAAAAAUUACUUUUGUACUGUUAUGUUCUGAACAAUAAAUCUUAAAGGGUUAGUUAACCCACAAAUGAAAAUUCUGUCAUUAAUUACUCACCCUCAUGUCGUU